AUGGCAUGGCCGCUCCUGGCUCCUGUCAGCUGCUCCCGAGCAGCUCAGCCUCGCCUCUCAGAGCUGGAAGAGUCCCGUGGCCCCAGCCUCUCACUCAGACCCAUUUUCCGAAGGGAAGAGCCAACGGACCUUAAGGAGGGCGUCCGAGUAGAUGUCGUGGGGCUCUCGGUCUUGCCCCCUGCGAAUGACUUCCUCUCGUGCAUGUUCGCUCCCCCCACCCCACCCCCCCCGAGCCCGAGGCACAGCUCCGGCUUCCGGCUUCUCUUUGUCUCCAAGGGCGCACGCAGUGUCUUUGGGGGCCUGGUAUGGAUCCUGAUCGCCUCCUCCCUGGUGCCCAUCCCGAUGAUCCAGGGCUGGGUGAUGUUCGUGUCCGUGUUCUGUUUCGUGGCCACCACCACCCUCAUCGUCCUGUACAUGAUUGGUGCCCACGGCGGGGAGACGUCCUGGGUUACCCUGGACGCCGGCUACCACUGCAUCGCAGCCCUGUUUUACCUCAGCGCCUCAGUCCUGGAAGCCCUGGCCACCAUCCUGAUGCGAGACGGCUACAUCUACAAACAGUACCACGAAAACAUCUCCGCUGUGGUGUUUGCCUACGUCGCCACCCUGCUCUACGUGGUCCACGCCGUGUUCUCGUUAAUCAGAUGGAAGUCUUCAUAAAGCAGCAGCAGAACUCGAGCUGAAAACCCGGCCGGUGUUACCGAUCUGCCUACCUUCCAGCACAGCUCUUUCCAGGGCAGAAAUGCUCUCAGUGGUGGGAAAACGAAAAACAGCAAAAAAAAAAAAAAAAAAAAAAAAAAAAGCCACACUGUGUUUCUUAUGGGUGUCAUGUUUACUCGCCCAUGUACCUUCAUGCCAGGGUUGGGGGCUUGCCAUGCUUAACCUCCAGCUCCUGAGCUUCCUUUCUAAGGUCACUUCCUGUUUGUGAAAGGGGAAGGUGGGGGCAGGAAGUGGGGACUGUGAUCUGCUAGGGAAACAAAGAUCUCCUGCUGACCCCUGGACCAGAUCUUGAGAACUCCCUACUGGAAUUUUCCACGGGCUCUUUUGAGCACCCCAUCCUGUGGCGUAUCUGAGUCUUCGUGGAUAUUCUGCAUGUCACGGGCUCAAAAACUCACCCUGCAGCGCUUUCCGGAUGUCCACGGUGGAAGAUGAUAACCCUUUGAACCGCUUUAUAAAGUGCCUUUAUGUUCAAUACUUUCA